CGAGAAUUUGUUUACUGUUUUUUGUUUUCAGUUGUUAAUGUGAGCCUCAGUGACGAUGUGAAUUUCCUCAACUCGCCGUAUUCACUUAAAACCGUCAUCGAGCAGAAUCUGAACGACCAGAUCAACCAAGAAUACGAGGCAUUCUACUUGUACGAGCAACUUGCAGCCUACUUUUCAAGCAGCGAAAAGGCGCUUUUCGGAUUUGCCGCCUACUUUCGAAAUGCCGCAGAUGAGGAGAGGCAGCACGCCCACGAAUUUACCGAAGUACUCAACAAACGAAUGGGUAUUGUUACACUUAAAACCGUAAAGAUUCCUCUCACCACUCCGGUCACCUGGAGUUCACCUGUAGCUGCUUUGAAAGCCGCACUGGAAAAGGAAAUUGAGGUCUCCAGAUCAAUGAACGUCAUGUACAAGAACGCCGAACAACUGAAUGACCACCAUAUGCAAGACUUCUUGGAUCACUUCGUGCGGGAACAGAUCAACGCAAUCUUCAAGCUCAAAUCCCUCAUCACCCGACUGGAAGGCAAAGGCGACGCCGUCGAAUACCUGAUAGAUCAGGAGCUCAUGAAAAAACCCUCAAUGCAUGAUUAG